AAAGAAACUCGACCGUUGGAACCAUGUUUCACGUUUGAACCACCUUGAUAAGAGAAGGCUCCUGAGAAACACAGAUAUACGAAAGAGAAUCAACUCGACGAAAUUUCGGAAGAAGAUAAAGAGAGCAAGAUCGGAGAUCAUACAUCUGUGAGUUCUUGGAAUACCUUACCAUCCUAGUAAAAGAACAAUGGAAACUCAAUCUGGUGGCUUGAUGCAAAAGCAGAAUUUGAACUCCCAUUGUAGAGUUAAUAUUUCAGGGGAUUCAGUUAUAAAGAGUACUAAUGUAUAUAAAAAGAAGACUGUAUCAGUUGGCAGUCGAAGAGCACUGACUGACCUAUCAAAUUCAGCAAACCCCUCUACAUGCCUGCCAUCAAAGAACCAUUCCUUUAAGCUUGGUGCUGUUGAUGCAGAACAUAGUGUGUGCAAGCCAACUUAUAUCUCUGGAGGAAAGAUCAAUGUCCAUAGUGAGUUUCCGAACUCUGGGAAACCCUCUAUGCCUCAGGCUUCAAAGAAGAAACAUUUGAAUAAGUUGAGAACUAACAAGGAAGAGACUAAUGUUUCUAAGCCUAGAUCUCCUGUCAAGGGAGAGAUUAAUGUUCUUAAUCCCACAACCUGUCAGGGAUUAAAGAACCAUCAGUUUAAUGUUCAAGGGAAAGUAAAUGGCAGGAAAGCACUUGCAAACAUUUCGAAUCGAGAAAGUUUAUCUGUGCAUCAGGCUUCAAAAAUUAAUCAUUCCAAGAAGCUUAGUUCUGUUGCGGAUGAACAAUUCCUACACGAUCAUAAAGGGUGUGUUAAAUCAAGAACAAGGGCUGCUGAUAUGGAAGACUUUAUGAGGACUCUUGGAUUGGAUGAUGAUUCAUCAAUGCAAUUAUCAUUUGAAAGCGAGCUUUUAGAACAGAGGCGAGGAAAGGUUGAGAGCCCCCUUCGGAAUUGGGAAACUAUGGAGAUAGUUGAGCUCCCAAAAGAAAUUCAAACUCCCUUUCAACACAGGACACUUGAGCUGCUGGAUAUCAAUCGUACUUCACAGCAAUGCAGGACAUUUAAGUCUCCAAAAUUUGCAUUAAUGGACACGCCAAAGCUUUCCUCAGUGUUGAAUCCUCUCGACUUUGAGUAACCAAUGUUGUGUGCUGCGGGCCUGGUGAUAUCUUGAUCAAAUGUGGUAGUUAAAAUCAUGUAGUUCGUGUUUCUUUUUUCCUUCGAAUAUUUCCACCUUUUUGUACUUGAACACAUCCGUACUUCUAGUUGUGAAGCCAUUUUGACUGGUUAUAAUAAUAGUGCAGCUUAUACA